CUACCAGCCACUGUAACAGUGGGAAACUGUGAAUUGGUUGCAGCUUUAAAGUAAUGAUAUCUCUUUUAUAUCGAAAAACUAUCGCUCGUUAACGAUAUUCAUAACUAUCAGAAAACGAUUCGAGAUGUUGCUAAACCCUGAGCAGGUAGCCUUGAUUGGACAGGUUUUUGAGUCUUACGUGUUAGAACACCACAAGAAUGACAUCCUCAACAUUCUGCAAGAACCAGAAGAAGAUGCUCACUACCCCGUGGUGGUGAACGCCAUGACGCUGUUUGAGGCCAACAUGGAGGUGGGCGAGUACUUCAAUGCCUUCCCCAGCGAGGUGCUCGCGGUGUUUGAUAACGCUUUGCACCGAGCAGCGGUGUCAGCCUCGCAGUCGCUACCACAGCAGAAAGACUGCAAAAUUAAGCAGAAUCUACAUGCAAGGAUUUCAGGUUUGCCCGUCUGCCCCGAGCUGACACGGGACCGCAUCCCCCGCUCUCGGGACGUGGGCCACUUCCUGUCCGUCACGGGCACGGUCAUCCGCACCAGCGCCGCCAAGGUGCUGGAGUUCGAGCGCGACUACAUGUGCGGGAAGUGCCGGCACGUGUUCUCGGAGCGGGCGGAUUUCGAGCAGUUCUACAGCUUCGCCCCGCCCACCCGCUGCCCCAGCGAGGACGGCUGCGCCUCCUACAAGUUCACCUGCCUGGGGGGCGGAGCCUCCUCGCCAGCCGCCUGCAGGGACUACCAGGAGAUCAAGAUUCAGGAGCAGGCCCAGAGGCUGUCCGUGGGCAGCAUUCCCCGCUCAAUGACGGUGGUGCUGGAGGAUGAUCUGGUGGACAGCUGUAAGUCAGGAGAUGACAUCACGGUGUACGGUGUCGUCCGGCAGCGCUGGAAGCCCCUGUAUCCGGACGCCCGCUGUGACCUGGAGAUCGUGCUGAAGGCAAACUUCAUUGAGGUCAACAAUGAUCAGUCCACGGCCGCCAUGGUCCUGGACGACAUUCAGAAGGAGUUUGAAGAGUUCUGGGAAAAAUUCAGAGAUGAUCCUUUAGCAGGCCGGAACCAGGUUCUGAUGAGCCUUUGCCCACAGGUGUUCGGGCUGUACGUUGUGAAGCUGGCUGUCGCCAUGGUUUUGGCAGGGGGGGUCCAACGAGUAGAUGUUUCGGGAACCAAAGUCAGAGGCGAGUCUCACCUGCUCCUCGUGGGAGACCCAGGGACGGGGAAGUCUCAGUUCCUGAAAUACGCUGCCAAGAUCACACCACGGUCCGUCCUCACGGCUGGGAUAGGCUCCACAAACGCAGGGCUGACUGUGGCGGCAGUGAAGGACGGCGGGGAGUGGCACCUGGAGGCGGGGGCGCUGGUGCUGUCGGACGGGGGGCUGUGCUGCAUCGACGAGUUCAACAGCAUCAAGGAGCACGACCGCACCAGCAUCCACGAGGCCAUGGAGCAGCAGACCAUCAGCGUGGCCAAAGCCGGCAUGGUAUGUAAGCUCAACACCAGGACCACCAUCCUCGCAGCGACCAACCCGAAGGGCCAGUACGACCCCAACGUCUCGGUGUCGGUGAACGUGGCGCUGGCCAGCCCGCUGCUGAGCCGCUUCGACCUGGUCCUGGUCCUGCUGGACACCAAGAACCCGGAGUGGGACAGAAUCAUCUCCUCCUUCAUCCUGCAGAACAAAGGUGGCCCGAGUAAGAGCGAGUCCGUGUGGAGCAUGGAGAAGAUGAAGGCCUACUUCUGCCUGGCGAAGAGCUUUCAGCCCGGGAUGUCGGAGGAGGCCGACGCCGUCCUGGUGCGCUACUACCAGGCGCAGAGGCAGAGCGACGGCAGGAACGCGGCCCGGACCACCAUCCGCAUGCUGGAGAGCCUGGGCCGGCUCGCCGAGGCUCACGCCAGGUUGAUGUUUAGGGAUACUGUCACGGUGGAGGACGCCGUCGUCGUCGUUUCUGUCAUGGAGUGCUCCAUGCAGGGUGGCGCUCUCCUGGGAGAUGUGAAUGCUCUGCACACCUCUUUCCCUGAUGACCCCAGGCAGCAGUACAGGACACAGUGUGAGAUGAUACUGGAGGGCCUGGGCCUCAACCACCUCCUCACAAAAGAACUGGACCGGCUCUCACGUCAAGGUAAUGGCUCACAAACAGGGACACCCCCCGGUGAAAACGGGCUGAAUGCUAUCAGAAACAGCUGCGCGGCUCAGGAAACCAACUCCCUGCAGUCGACCCAAGAUGGACCCCAGAGGAACGCCGGGGCCGAUAGCGGGCUCGACUGGUUUCAUUCACUGUCCGGCCCCUCAGGGUUAUCGCCAAUCACGCCGUCUUCCCAGAAUGCCUCAUCUGGCGCCGGAGUCAUACCAGAGGGCCGUGCUUCGUCGCCCAGUCACAGAGACCCUUUGCCUGAGAAAGGAAGGAAGUCCACAACGGAUGAAGCGCCCGUUAAAAACACAGAUGAAGCUGUUCCGUCCAAUCGUAAGAACACACCGGCAGCCGCGAGAGACGAAUCGGACUCUGUCGUUGAAAAGGUUUCCAAGAGCCUCAGAGGGAAAAGGCUCAAAAAGAUCAGCGAUUCGUCCCAGCAGGAGGAGGGUAGAGCGGCAGAGAUGAGCGGCACCUCUGGUGGUGGAAGUGCAGAUUGCACAGACAAUCUUGAGCUCUUGUUCUCCUCAGAUGCCCCGCCCUCGCACAGCACUCCCGUAGCCGCGAAAAAGCGAUCCUCGAAGAAGAGCCGCGCCCCUCACGAUUUUCCCGCCGAGGACCGGGGGGCCCCGGAGACGGAGGGGGCCCCCGAGGCCCUGCGGACCAAACUCUCCUCCUUCACCUUCAGGCCGAGAGAGAGAAUGGCCCACGGAGAGCACCACAGCAGUCCCCCUGAGAGGGCGCUGGGAGACGGGGUCUACAGGGACCCCGUUCCAGGGCCAGGGGAGGAAACGACAGGGAAGGGGAGGGGCGUCUCCGCAGACGGAGCGCUCGGAGGUGCAGGAUUUCAAGAGGAGGCUGCUGUCCCGGCCGGGCAGGCAAAAAAACCAGAGGGAAACAGCGAGAAGCGAAGUGGCACAGAGCAGCCAGCAGAGGGCAGCAGAGCUCUCAAGAAACUGAGGCACAAAGCCACACCGGAGGAAAAAGACCACCUGCCCGCGGGGUCAGGUGACCGGGGCGAGGGGAGAGAGGGUCGAGCUCCGGCGGGGGACGAGGGCGGAGCCCAGGAGCAGAGGCGUCUGCAGCUGCUGCAGAGGCUGGGCGGCGCGGCCCCUGGGGGGCAGCCCACGCACCCCCAAACCCCCGGGGCCAGAGUGGCCCCCGCCACCCUGGCCAGGCUGUCGCGCUUCUCCUUCACGGCUUGCUCUGAGGAAGGACCCGAGAAGCCCGAGGCUGCGGUCAGCGAGAGGGCGAGCUCUGAGACGGGCCAGGGUCGCGACCCUGCCCCAGGGCAUGAUGGGAGUAACCCCAGGAAGAGGAAGUGCUUUGAAUUUGGGUCAAAAAGCAUCUUGCCGGGGCAGUCCCUGUUCAGCUCAUCGGUCGUAGAUGAUGAAGAUCUGGAUGUGGACUGGGAGGAGGAGUCUAGCAAGCGAGCAAAGGUGUGAUCACUGUGUGUGUGUGUGUGUGUAUGUGCAUGUGUGUGCGUGUAUGCACAUGUGAGCAUAUGUGCAUGCAUGCACAUGCAUUGCUGGAAAGUUUGGCCCACAGUGAGUGAUGGGAGAAUGCCCGGGAAGAUGACCUCUAAUGAACUGACCUCUUGUGACCUCUUGCCGGACUCAUGCUGCUGAAUAUCUAACUUUGGCUGGGCCGAAAAUGUGCAAUUAAAAAUGAUUAUGAAAAUAAAUGAUGUAAAAUAAAUAUUUUGUACAAUUUCCAACCCAUUGCAACCCAUUAUCUUCUCUGACCCCGCGACCCUGACCAGGAAUAAGCAGGUAUAGAUAAUGGAUGGAUGGAUGGAUGGAUGGUUCCUCUGAUUGAAAAUGGCUGGCUGCCAUUUCCACCAGGCGGUUUAGAGACGAUUGCAUUUAGCGGAAACGGAGGCAGCGAUAGAUGGAGCGCAGUUUGUUUAGCCUAUCUCCUGGGCUGGGUUUGCUGUGUUUGUUGGCAUAGUUAGAUGUUCCCCAUGGAGCACACAAGCGCACAACCUUCCCAGAAGGCACUUUUGGAGUUGGGGACAACUAGGGGUGAGGGGGGACUGUUGCCAUGACUACAAGCCCCAAAGGAUGCACAGCAUUGGGUAUUAGCGCUGGGUUAGACAGCAUAUUAUUAUACUCCUGCCAGGUCAUAAGAGCUCUUAAAGUGCACAAUACUGUACAGGUAAAGCACAGCGAUCCUUAGUUCUGCAGUGGCAUCAUAAUAGGUGUACUUAAAUGUAUAGAAAUGGAUCUGUCUACAGAAAUUGAAAGUACUCUUAUCAGAGUUGAUUUAACAAGGAGCAUUUGUUGUGUAGACUUAAUAAAAUGUGUUUAGAUGCA